AUGUUGAAGAAGUGUGGAUUUCUUUUAUACUUUUAUCUUUCCACAGUUUGUUCUUCACGUAAGGAGAAUAACAUAUUCAAAGACCUGCAGUAUGAAAGUGAUGGUUGGCAUGGCUACCCAGAGGAAAACAGAGAUGUGACAAAUGUCGAGCUUAUUGAAGGAGACAUUCUUCUUUCAAAGCAGAAAAGGAAUGCUGUUGCAGACAAGACCAAGGUGUGGUCAUCUAGAACUGUGCCAUAUGUCAUAGACUCUGCCAUAGUUGAUCCCAUGUUAAGCCAGAUAUCUGGAGCCAUGUCAGAUAUACAGUCAGCUACUUGUGUGACAUUCAAGGCUAGGGACUCUGAGGCUGAUUACAUACAUAUCAAGAUGUUAGAUGGGUGUUGGAGUGCAAUUGGGCGUCAGGGGGGUAUGCAGGAGAUCUCGCUUGACUCCGACUGCCAGGACAAGGGGACCAUCAUACACGAGUUACUACACAGUCUUGGUUUCUUUCAUGAACAUAGCAGAACUGAUAGAGACAACUAUGUAGAUAUCUUCAUUGAUAAUGUACAAGAUGGUUACAAGCACAACUUUGACAAGUAUUCAAAAGAGAUCAUAGAUGACUUAGGAGCCAAUUAUGAUUAUGACUCAGUCAUGCACUACAAAAAGGACAUGUUUGCCAGAGCGUCUAACCUGAAUACAAUUCUCCCUAAAGAUCGCAGCAUAUCAAUUGGACAGAGGGUGGGCCUGAGUAGCAUUGAUGUGUAUAAGAUAAAUGCAUUGUACAGCUGUGACAUAGUAAGCUGUCUAGAUCCAGGCACACCAGCAAAUGGUGCAAGAACUGGGGAAGACUUCAGAGUGGGCCAAUCUGUUAGCUACUCCUGUAACACUGGAUAUACCUUGGUAUUCAGCUCUACAAGAGUAUGUGAAAACACAGGUCGCUGGAGUGGCUCAACUGCACAGUGUGUGAGUGGCACAUUCCACUAUUGCAACUUGGACAGCUCUGAUUUGUGUGGUUGGUCCCAGGACCCAUCUGCUGACAUCCCCUGGUCCUGGAAUAGUGGCACAACUGUGACAAGUGACACUGGACCUGACAAUGAUAACACAUUGGAAACUUCAUCAGGCUACUAUCUCUACUUGGAAGCUUCUACUCCAGUAGUGGAGGGAAUGAGAGCAGUGUUAAUCUCACCAGUAUUUCAGCCAUCUAUCCCAACUGGUGCUACCUGCCUCAAGUUUCUCUACCAUCGUUAUGGUGCUGACAUGGGUGCUAUGAAUGUGAUACUUAGAGAAUCUGGGCAAAGUGAUGUAAAUCUCUUACAACUGGUAGGGCAGACAGGACGUACCUGGCAUGAGGAAAUAAUUGCUUUAUCUGUCACUAAUAACUUCCAGAUAGAGUUUGGAGGUAUAAGGGGUGUUGAUUACCUCAGUGAUAUGGCCAUUGAUGACCUGAUGGUGGGAGAAUGUACUGCCCUACAGAAUGUUCAAAGUCCAGUGUUCCUCAAAGACCAAGGCCCCAUGCUAGUAAGCCACACUUGCAAUUUUGACUCUGGACUGUGUUCUGAUUGGCUACAGGAAGGGAACGAGGAGUUUGAUUGGACCAAUCAGUUGGGAUCUACACCUACAUCAAAAACUGGACCUGACUGUGAUCGGCUGAAUUGCACUUAUGGCAGGUACAUGUUUAUUGAGAGCUCUUCUCCCAGAAUCCUUGGAGAUGAUGCACGUCUCAUUACUCCAGUCUUUCAGCCAGCGACCAAAUGUGCAUCAUGGUACUACCACAUGUAUGGUCGAGACAUAGGACAGCUGAAUGUGUACCUCCGUAGUAAUGGUACAGAUAGCUUACUGUGGAACCUCAGUGGUGAGAUUGCUAAUUCAUGGCUGAAAUCUGAGAGCAUGGAAAUAGUCUCAAAUACGAAGUUUAUGUUAGUGUUUGAAGGUGUUCGUGGAGUGGACUAUGAAGGAGAUAUCGCCAUAGAUGACUUUAACAUGUUUGAUGGGCCUUGUGUUCCUACCACUUCAGAACCUGAACCAGGCCUUUCCAGUAUGGAUUGCAACUUUGACAAUGGAAUGUGUGAAUGGGAGAAUGAUGUGUUAGAUGAUUUUGACUGGACACGUCUCAGUGGCCCCACUCCUACUUCAAACACUGGCCCCUCUGCCGAUCACACCACCGGCUCAGGCUAUUACAUGUAUACUGAGUCUUCUGAGCCAGUUUUGGAAGGACAACGUGCUCGUAUCAUGGGACCACUUAUGCCAUCUAUUGAUGCAUUGUCAAACUAUUGUUUUGAGUUCUUCUACCACAUGUAUGGGUCAUCUGUGGGCACCCUAAGAGUAGUGUUCCUUGGACUGACAGGUAAACCAGAGACAACCAUUUGGGAGGUUACUGGCAACCAGGGCAAUGUAUGGUAUAAAGCACAGAUACCAAUCACUGACACGAAGACUGAAUUCCAGAUUGCAUUUGAUGGUGUCAUGGGAAGCUACUACUACAGUGACAUAGCUAUUGAUGACAUCACAUUCUUCCAGGGACUAUGUGACACUGUAUCUAACAACAUAUCACAUUGA